GCAUGUUGUAGAGAUUUUUCAGCUUUUUGUACAAGUAAGAUUUUGUUUUAAAUCGACUGUCGCACCUUUAAUGCCGCUUUGGAAUGAGUUUGGUGUAGUGACGAGACGAGACCAGAGGAGGCGCUGUUGGAAUCUUGAGCUGAAAAAGUAGCGAAGAAGAACCUUCCGGAAGUGUGUGUGUGCUGAGCGUGCUUCAGUGUCAGUUUAAACCGGGUAGAUAUUCAGGCGAAUAAAAGCCGUUUCUCUGGAUUUUAGCGAAUUAAUUCGAGGUUGAAUUGGGUUCGUGGAUGCAGAGAGAGAAAAUUCUGGGGAUUUUAUUGCACUAUUUAUAACGCACUAAAAAACAUAGUGCUAAAUGUGGUGUCCAAGGUAACGGCAGUAAUUUAAUGUGAGUUCGCUAACAGACCAAGAGGACUUCCGGAGCAAAGCUGCGGCUCGGAUGUGUUUUCCGUCACACACCUCAGGAGGUGGUUUUAAUCCGCCCUGAAUGCAGCAUGGAGGCCGCUCUGACCCGGCUGAAGUCUCUGAGUGCCGAUGAGCUCAGGGAGGAGAUCCUCAAAGCCAACCUGAAGUGCGGCCCGAUCACGGCCACCACACGCGCCGUAUUCGAGCGCAAACUCGCCCGCGCCCUCGUCGAGGACGAAUCCGGAGGCUCGACUGCGACCCCGAGCGCCACCCCAGUCGAAGAGGGGGAAGUCGGGUACCAUCUCGGUCUCAACCCGCCUGAGGAGGAGCCGCUGAGCGAGAGGAGUGUGUCGCCGUCACGACAUGACGUCCAGACGCCAAACAAAACGGCCCAGGUCACGCCCACAUUCUACUACGGAGUGUGUCCGCUGUGGGAGGACGUGCUGGCGAGAAACGAAAGGGUUCACGUGUACACGGAUAAGAAGGAGGCUCUGCAGGCGGUGAAGAUGAUGAAGGGCGCUCGCUUCAAGGCCUUCUCUACUCGAGAGGACGCUGAGAAGUUCGCCAAGGGACUCUGUGAUUACUUCCCCUCCCCGAGCAAGUGCGCCCCCUGCGUGUCCCCCGUGAAGACCGCCCUCGUCUUCGGGAAAGAGGGCUCGUCUCUGGCGGAGCCGGACGGGAUAAACCGAGAAAAGGCGAACAGCUUCAAGAGUCCCCGUCCUCAGGACCUGACGGCGAGGCUGCGAGUGUGUGUGGAGCGAGGUGACGAGGCUGCCUUCACCGAGCUCGUGUGGAGCAACCCGCGCUACCUCAUCGGCUCCGGAGACAACCCCACCGUGCUGCAGGAGGGCUGCCGGUAUAACGUGAUGCACGUGGCAGCGAAGGAGAAUCAGGCGGGCGUGGCUCAGCUGCUGCUCGACACGCUGGAGAAUCCGGACUUCAUGCGCCUCAUGUAUCCUGACGAUACUGAAAGCAUGCUGCACCAGCGCAUCCGCUACAUCGUGGACCUGUACCUCAACACGCCCGAUAAAGCCUGCUUCGAGACUCCGCUCCACUUUGCGUGUAAGUUCGGUUGUGCGGCCGUGGUGAACGUCCUCUGCUCUCAUCCCGACAUCGACAAACACAGGAAGAACAAAUACGACCAGAAACCCUGCGAGAUUAUUUGUGAGCGAAUGAAGGAAAAGAAUAAAAUCCCAGAAAUCAAGCAGAAGAUUAUGGAGUAUCUAGAAGACCGGUGUUACGUGCCCCUCCUCCGAGCAGCUGAUAACUCCGCCCAGCCUGUGAUUGGUGCUCCCUGGUCACCUGAGCCGAUGGAAAACCGCUCACCACAAUUACCCAGAAGCCCCCGAGAUCCUGUGAUGACGGUGAGGGCCUUCGCCGGGCCACUGAGCCCCUCUAAGGCGGAUGAGUUCAGGCGUGUGUGGAAGACGCCCCCUAGAGAGCGGGCGGAGCAUUUCCACCACAUCCUCAAAUCAGACCCGGAGCGUGGAGCGGAGCGAGUCGGCAGGGACCUGGCGCGUGAGCUGGGCCACCCCUGGGCUGAGUACUGGAACUUCCUGGACAGUUUUGUGGACAUGGCGUCAGUAGAGGGUCUGCGGCGUCUGGAGGAGUUCCUGAGCAAGAAGGACUUCACUGAGCGCGCUCGAGACCAGACUGGAGAACUCAACAAGAGCAACAAGUUCAGAACUCCUUCCCCGGGCAAGCAGAAGAAGUUCAGUAACUCGGUGUCGGUCGGAGCGUUCCUGGACGAGACUGAUAUUUCCCUGGAGGAGAUAAAGAACCGACAGAACGCAGCCCUCACCAGCAUCUCCUCUUCCUCCUCCUCCUCCUCCUGCUGCUCUAAAGACGACCCGGGUGGGCGGGGCUUCCACAUCCUGCCCAUCUCACAAGACUCCGCCCUCAUCGAGCCACGAAACCCCGCCUCUUCCUGCCCGCCAUCGCCCAUCUCCAACCUGACGGAGGAGUUCGAGCGCAUGACGCUGCGCGGCCAUCCGGAUGGAGGUGAACAGGAAGGGGCGGAGCUUUUGAGCGCGAGUUCGGACGAGUAUUUCCUGGCGCAGGAGAGCAUGGAGGAGGAGGAGCAGAGAGCGAGGACUCGAAUGGGAUCAAACGGCGAGCGACUGAUCUGUUCACGCUCCAGAUCAUGGGAUCACGGAAGCUCCGCCUCCUCCUCCACCUCUGGAUCUUAUCGAUCAUUGGACCGUUCGAAUGACCUCAUCCUGACCACGCCCCCUCGAGUCAGGAAAGGGCUGUUCAUUGAGGGAGACGCUCCCUCCAGACUGGACCGUGACGUUUUCGCCGCAGUGGGAGGAGCCGAAAUUGACCCGAUCAAAUAUCCCAGCAUUCACAAGUGGAAAAGCACCAUCGAGUCGUACACCAGCGCCGAGAUGCAGAGUUGGCAGACUCCAGCCGUGUUAAAGACUCACUCCAGGCUCCAGUCUUUGACUCCCGGUUCUCCUGUGAGCCGCUACAGUCCGGCCCGACACGCCUACUCGCCCGACUACACCAGUCCCGGGCGCUACAGCCCCGCCCACUGCAGCUACAGCCCCGCCCACUGCAGCUACAGCCCCGCCCAUGCCAGUUACAUCCAGCGCAUUCGGCUCAAGCACUUCGGAGACUCGCCGAUUUAACAAACGCUUGGCGUGGACUCGGUGUCUCGGCGUCGGUCCGUCUCAGACACACAGAGCUCCACCGCUGCUGCAGAACUUUACUGGGGAAAAAAUAACGUUUAGCGUGAAAUGAACUACGCUGUAGUGUAUAUUUUUAAAUAGCUGUUCUUUUCUUAUGUGUGUGUGUGUGUGUAAGUGUACGUAUGAGUGUGGAUUUGUAUCCGUAAUUAUUUAUGGGUGACGCAGAAAUAUUUAAGUUCACACGGUACUCUGACGUGUUAGAGAAAAGUAGCUGAUUAAAGAAAGCUAAGGAAUAAAUCGUGUGGUGUAACUCAGUAGCACAACGUUCUGUGGUGAAGAAACGGGAACCGCGCCGGGCGUUCGUGUCCGCCUGCUCCCUCACAGCGCCUCCUGCUGGUCAAUAACUGGAACACUGGCUUAUAUGGAAUAUACAUUUGAUUUCUGUCUUAUUUCUCUUCAGUAAUAAAUAUGUUGCUUACUCAGAA